AUGCGCGAAUGGCGUGGCAAGGCCAAUUUGGAAUUGUACCUGAUGCAGAUCCUUCAGGACGGCCAGUUCUUGCUGGAGAAAGUCGAGGACCAGACUAUGAGACCACGCACCACUCAGGCCGAUACUAGAAAUGCAAAAGACAACAUCCUAGCGGAGGAGUUCUAUGACAAGGCCGUUAAGAAGUUGUUCGAAUUGAUCGAUGACGAGCCGAGCGCUGGCGGCAUCCCAGACGGUGUCCUAGAGAUCGGCCUUGCCAUCCUGAGAAAACUCGACGAUUGUAAAAAGCAUCGAGCAGCUGCGCAAACUUUUAUCGUAUCUCGCUGGCUAUUUUCAAAGUUCUUACUCAAUGCCAUCAUCUAUCCUGAGGCAAGUGCGGGGAUAAUGUCUGGCUACCACAUCAGCGAGCAUGCACGACAAAGGAUACUGAAGGAAGUCGCUAUUCGUGCGCAAAAGCACGUUUUGGAUAUGACGUACAACUGGAAGCAAAACAUACCUGUCCUCCCAGAAAUACGAUCACAUAUCGAAAACAUACUGUCCAGGUUCAAGUAUGCCAGAUCUCGUUCGAAGCCGGUGUUACUUCCUGCAAGGGCCAUUACAUCUCCUCGAGAGACUACCGAAGUUCAACCAUUUAUUGUGCUCUCAUCAUCUGAUAUUAUCACUCUUGUUAACACUCUCUUCCCUGAACGCCGGCCGCCAUCGAGUCAGACAGAUCUGGAUUCCCGAAGAAGUGGGCUAGCCUCGGCCGCUUCAUCUAUAUCGGGCGUGUCUCUUCCUUUCCGUAUACCUUCCACUCCCGGGGACUCAGGUUCCGUCUUCAGUGCUAGUGCAUCUUCCUUGACUAGCGACACCACCUCGCGUGAGCCGCUUCUGGAUUCAGCCGGUCAAAUGCCCGACGAGCAAGAGCCUGUACUCCAUGAUGUUGGCCAUACUGCUACCAGAAUUGCACCAACAGAAGAAUACGGCCGAAGGCUCCGGAUGCUAUGUUCAGAAAUGAGACGCAUCCUCGGCGUCGAAGCCGCAGCUGGUUCCUGCCAUCCAUGUGCGGAAAGAUGGGCGGUGCUUUAUGUGUCGCCAGAUGGCAAAGAGCUUCGAACCCGAUUGCGCAAAGAUGCAUAUGACGAAGAUGACACUGAAGAGGAGUCUCCUGAUAGCGAUAGCGGGGAUGAGGGCAUAGGCAAGGCAAUGGAUCUGGAGAGCGACUACCAUCAGCUGAAGCAAGCCGUUACGAAGCUCGUUCAAGGAUACGAGAUACCAAAGGAGUUCGCACCCGAAAGCGAGUCGAAGACCUUUAGUAACCGGACGUCAACACAUCGGCGAGACUUUCGAGCACACGUUGCUGCUCGCUCACAAAUGGCGUCCGAGCCCGACAGGAAUCCAUAUCACAACCAAAGUCAAAUUUCGGGUCUUAUUGCAAGCCAGACGUCAGCUGCGCUGGGGCGACAUCGACCAUUGCAGCACAAGCGAGACAGCGCUAACAUAGAGACUCACAAUGGACCUCAGGAAAGGGACCCGGUGCUGGUCAUCAUGCUCGAGGCAGCCAUGCAUCAAUGCCAGGCUAGAGCGGACUACGUCAACGCACACCUUUACUUUAGAACUUUACAGCAGUUGCGGAGGCUCUCUUCGCCUUCGCUGACGCGAAACGGCUACGCAUCUCUUCUUAACUACUUCUCGAGGGGGCCCCGUGAUUCGCUCGGACGAUCUGCGAGUGCCAUCGAACAGUUCGAAGCAUGGUCAGUCUCACUCAAGCAGUCCCAAGAAUGUCACGACUUGGCAGUCGAAGACAUGAUGCUUCGGCUGAAGCGUCUUCGCGACAAAAUGUGGUAUAUCACUGAUGUUCGAAACUCGGCCGGGUACGAUGAAGCGAGGAACAUUACUCUUGCACUUAAGAUCAUGGGCCAGCCAACUCGGACGCCGGACGGCAAGCCCACCCAAGCUCAUCGGCCGCGGAAUUUUUCGAAAACAUCUUCGGGCCAGUUCUUUAUGAAGACCGAAGCCCAAGUGUUCGACAUUAUGGCAGCUUCUCCCGACCAUGCCGGCCCCAACAAGCUUACUGAUGAGCAGUCGGACAUGACCCUGAAGUGGCUUACCCAAAAUGGCAUAGAGAACUUCUGCAAAGGCGAAGAAAGGAUACAUCGCUUCGCUCUUGAGAUCGAUAGAUGCGUCAACAAGCUUGUCGGUGAUGGUAUCCUUGACGGACCCGUCCUGUGGUCUAGCGAGCUGUAUCGUCGCGAUAAAGAAAUACUUGAUAACGGCCGACAGAAGGGGGAUUUGUUCCUUACAAGAGUAGGCACCUUGAGCUUCGCUGGCGAUGAUGACUAUGAGGAACAGCCCCGUCGAUCGGGCUUGAGGACUCUGGACUUCGCGCACCGUCCGAGCAACAGCAGCCUGCAUUCCAUUUCCCGCUGGAACGGAUCACAGUACAGCUUCGACUCCGGAAAUUGGAGCAGCAGCAGAGGGGUCGACAUCAUGGAUUCUCAAGACUAUUUCGGCUGGUCAAGCCCUGUGCUUGCAAUUGACUCUACCGCCACCUUCUGGUCACCCUUCCAGUCCGAGUUACAAGCUCAGUCUCCUUCCAGUGCCACAAGCCUCCGACCUCGCACUGCUUCGUCGUUAAGGAGUGGCAGGAUGCAUCAAAACUCCGCCGGUGCCAACGAUGAUAAGCGCCGGUUCCUACUAGACCUCAAGCAAACUCUGACUAGCCUUCUGCUCAGUGAUCUUGGUACACUUGUCUUCGGUCACGGCAGCGAGACAGAUGCAUGGUUCUCUGGAGAGCUUGGCGAAGAGUGUAUACAGCGGAAGGAAGAAGAGUAUCGCCAACGUAAACGGUCCCCUACGCGAAAGAAAGGCACAAAGAGCACACGAACAGAAAGUCGAUCGGGUCCGCUUGCGGAGCUCGGUCAUACUGAGAGGAGCGAUCCAGCGGUGCCGGUAGCAACGCUUCAGCAUCCAGGCCUUGGAAACUUGUCCGCUUCGGAAUAUUCUGCCUCCUCGACUGACGCUACGACCAGCGCUUCGAGUACAUCAGCAGCAAAGAAAGCUGGCUUGAGCAAGUUUCCCUACGACGUAGCCUUCCGUCGCCUCCUUCGCAAAUUCGCGACUCAUCCAAAUCCGUAUACCAAGCUCCAUGCACUCUGGGAGCUGGAGGUUCUGAUCAUUGCUUCACUCAACUCCUCUGGUCGGCACCACAACAACCGCAGGGACACCUUGCCCACGCUGCCCCAAUCACCGGAUUUUGGCGCAAUGCCUAAACUCAGCUCGCGACAUAAAACGGUGCAGGUCGACCGCGCGCAGAACCUCGAGGAAGCCAUCGCAAACUGCGAACAACGACGCUCUCACACCAUGGCGAUACCUAAGCAUACCGACACCUACCCCACCCACCCAUCAGACCCGCGGUCGCCCACCAAUCCCCCAAGCACUGACAUGAUCGUCGACGUGCUCCAAAGCCUCUUCCGCGAUGCCUCUAUCCGUCCCAAAACCCUCUUCCGCGACCUCCAAUACAUCGCCUCCUUGGUCCCCGCCCAAACCCUCGACCGCACCGAGCGCGGCAAAGCCUUCUGGGACGCCGGUCUCGCCGCCCUCGGUCUCAAGCAAGACGUCUGCCGCGUGAUGAUCGAGAUCGCGGACGACAUCGUCGCGCUGAACACUUCGAACCGGUCCGCAGCCGCGCAUGCCGCCGGCAGCGGCACCCCGAGCGUGCAGCAGCAGCAACCGAACGGGUCCGCCGUCGCUGCGCACAAUGGCGAUGUUGCGCCCACCAGCGAUCCCCUAUCCCGCUUUUCGAUGGCCGACGCAGCCACCAUGCUCAUCAUCACGGCGAAAGAAGGCGACGCGGUCGCGGAGCGCGAACUCGCCAUCUUCUAUCUCACGCAUCCGGACCUAUUGCCACGGACCGUGCUGCCGCUGACGAGGCCGAGAGAUGUGUUCAAGGGCGAGCUGCUGCAACGGGAUCGCAAGAAGGAGGAUCCGGUCCGCAGCGACCCUAUGACGAUGUGUGUCGCGCAGCAUUGGAUGGAGAUGAGUAAGCGGGGCGGGGAUGUAUUGGCGACGAAGUACUUGAGGGCGAGGGAUGAGAUGGAGAGGAUACCUUGA